AUGUGCUUGUGUUUAGUGAUUAGUCAUAAUGUUGAUGGUAUUCAAGAUACAUUGAAGAAAGAUUUGGAGUUUGAGAGACAUCCAAAACUCAGAGAUAGGUCUCCAUUCAAGACUAUUAAUUCAGAGUUUCAAGAAAUUAUUGAUUGUAUUGACAUUUAUAAACAACCGGCCUUCGACCAUCCUUUACUAAAGAACCAUAAAUUACAGAUGCAACCCAACUUUGAAAAUUUAAUUGAGAAAACAAGUGUGAAUAGUUCACAAAUUGAAUCCAUGUUUGGGAUUCACAGAAAAAAAUGCCCAAAAGGAACUGUUCCUAUCAAGAGAGAGCAAAAGAUGAUCUCACUCAAAAAGGAAUAUUUAGUAAAUAAUAAUAUAUUGGUUAAAGACAUUCCUGGUGUUCAUAUUGCAGAAACAACUGUCAUAUAUGACGAUGUAGUAGGUCCUUAUUAUAAAGUUAGCGCAAUAAAUAGCGUUUAUAAUCCAAAAAUGACAGAGAAAAAUCAACUCUCUUCGUCUCAUGUAUGGGUUGAAAAUGGACCUAUAGAAUCUGUCAACAAAAUAUCUGCUGGAUGGCAUGUGUAUCCUGAAUUAUAUGGUGAUACAAAGACUCAUUUUUAUGCAGCAUGGACGAAAGAUAAUUUCAAGAAGACAGGAUGCCACAACCUUCAAUGUCCAGGUUUUGUUCAGACCGAUAGACAGUAUUCGCUUGGUUUCUCUUUCCCUAAAACAUCUACCUAUGGUGGACCAAUUAUUGAGGGUCUCAUUUCUAUUGCCCAGGAUCCAAAGACAAAAAAUUGGUGGAUAAAUGCAGGAGAGAUAAACAUUGGUUAUUAUCCAGCAGCAUUGUUUUCGAACUUAGGAUCAGCAGCGAUGGUUGGAUGGGGUGGAAGAACACAAGGUAAAGCUAAUGGUCCUAGUCCUCCAAUGGGAUCUGGUUAUUUUCCUGAUGGAAAGGGUAUCCAUUCAGGUUAUUUUAGAUCUCCUAAGAUUAUAGAUAAUUCAGGAGAGGAGUUUACACCUAAUCCUAUUAUAACUAAAACCUCCACUGACAAUAGCGAUUGUUAUCAUAUUGAGUACUAUGGACCACAAGUAGGGUUUCCUGGUGUUAUCCAGUAUGGAGGACCUGGAGGAGCUAAUUGUGGAGAUUAA